UAUAAAGAGAGAGACAGAGAGAUAAAAACAGAGACAAAGGUAAGAGAGAGAAAGGGACAAGGGUAACAGAGAGAGAGAAAGAUUUGUUUUUUUUUUCUCUCUUACAAUGGUGUCGGACCAGGAUCUAGCGAAAGGAGUCGAGACUCUGCUCCGACAAUCCGACCCUAGCUCCCUCACUUCGUUAACCAGCGUUGUUCAGCAGCUUGAAGCUAAGCUAGGGUUAGACCUAACGGAGAAGACAAGCUUCAUCAGAGACCAAAUCAAUCUCCUCCUCCGUCCUCACCCACCAAUCUCCUCCUCCUCCGCCUCUGCUUCCGCAUCAACCGCACAAUCUCCUCCACCGCCGUCGCAGCAGCUGCAUUUCGGCGUCAAUGUUCCGGGGAAAGGGCAUUUCGCACUUCAGCAUCCGUCUCAAUUCUCUCAGCAAUACCCUCAUUUCGCUCUCCAGCCUCCUCCUCCUCCUCCUUACCACGCUUAUGACCUCAAUUUCCGGCAGCCGUAUCCUCCUUACAUGCCGCCUCCGCAGCACCAGCAUAACCAGCUACAGUCUCCGCGACAAGGACCCUCUGUUCUGGUUUCUCAAGCCCCAAAAGAAAGUGUUCCUCCAGCUGGAACUAAAAGAAAGGGUGGUCCUGGAGGGUUAAACAAAGUCUGUAGGGUCUCUCCAGAGCUUGAAGUUGUUGUUGGUGAACCGGCCCUUCCAAGAACUGAGAUUGUGAGGCAGUUGUGGGCUUACAUAAGGAAGAACAACCUCCAAGACCCGAGUAACAAGCGGAAGAUCAUAUGUGACGAUGCGCUGCGUGUUGUUUUCGAGACUGAUUGUACUGACAUGUUCAAGAUGAAUAAGUUGCUUGCCAAGCAUAUCCUCCCCCUUGAUCCAUCAAAGGACUCCGGUCAAGCUAAACGGGCAAAAGCUGAAGUGGAGACUAAAACUGAGACCACAGAGCCUGUUAGUUCAACUUCAGCUGUUGCAUUAUCUGAGCCACUUGCAAAGUUCUUUGGCACUGGUGAGACUGAGAUGACAGAGGAAGCAAUCAUUCGCCGUGUUUGGGAAUACAUAAAGCUCAACAACUUAGAGGAUCCGGCAAAUCCAAUGGCUAUUCAGUGUGAUGAGAAGCUCCGUGAUCUUCUUGGGUGUGAAAGCAUCUCAGCUGUGGGGAUAAAUGAGAUGCUAAGGCGCCAUAUGUACAAGCCUUCCUGAUAUAUCUUCUGGUUCUGACUUAAUUAACUAGGAACUACUAGUGUGUGUAUCUAGGGAACCUACUUAUGACUCCUGGUGGGUGUAGAAGAACUCUGAUAAGGAAGAAAAUGACCAUUUUCACUUUUAACUUCCUGCAAUGCUCUGCUAUUUUCAUCUUCCUUUGGGUUCUUUGUUUCUUUAGUUUGUUGUGUAUCGACGUACUGAAAAAACUCUAGUGUAAUGGGUCAAAUGGCGCAGAUGUUUUGUAUGUAACGCCAUUUUCCCAUGAAUGUUUUAGGAAAAACAAAAGUAAAAGAUAAUGUGUUCAACUAUGUUUUACAGAUUGGAAUGAUUUGCAAUGUUA